AUGAACGAAUAUCAUCAUUUAGAGAUACGAUCAAUAUUUGAGAAAGAAACAUUUCCAGUUAGGAAUUUACGACUUUGGAAAAUGAACUUGAUGGCUGUAUCAGAAUGUCAAAAAAACAUUUUUUAUCUAGCUGUUAAGGAUACAAUUCAUGUUUAUCGGCAUGUCAUUAAUGCUAUAAAAGUUGGAAAAAUUGGUUACGAAGAAGUUCUUGUUAGCGUUAAUGAACCUGGUGAUAUUGUGGUCUGGUACACAUCAAAUCUUGAUAGGAGACCAUUACAUUUCAGUCAUAAUACAUCGACUUGGGGUAUAGCAUUGAAUGGACCAAAACGUUUAUUAGCAGUUAGUGCAAAUUCACAUGAAAUAACCAUUUUUGAUCUGAAAGGUGGAAAUUCAAUAUAUUCAGAUGAAAAUAAUGACGAUCAAAUUGAAAAAAAUCAUGAUGAUUCUGAUGAUAGUUUAGAUGGUUCACAACAAUCAAGAGGAAGGAGAGUGAAGAUGAGAUACGCAACAACGACAACAGAACUAUCAUCAUUACAAAAUAAAUUUGGAAAUGAUGAGGCUAAAUAUAUAUUAAAAGGCCAUAGUCACAAUAUUCCAAAUAUUUCAUUUAGUAAUUGUGGUCGAUUUUUAGUUUCUUGCAGUCUUGAUCGAACAUGUAGAGUUUGGAAUGUUAAAACUGGUGAGGUAAUCAGCACAAGAAAAGUUAGUAGUCAUUGGGGAUGGUCGGCAUGUUUUGUAUCAACACAUUCUUUUGUAAAAGUAAAUUCUAACAUUGAAUUUAUCAAAGAUCCAUUUGAAAUAAGAAGAAACAGAAGAGUUGUAGGUGUAUCACCUUGGUCUCCAAAUUGGUCACCACAAUAUCCACCACCGAUACCAACACAACAACAUGCACAAACAUUGCCACAUUAUUCAGCGACAUCACCGCCUCAUUUUGCACCAACAAUACCAACAUAUUCACCACCAAUAUCGCCGUCAUAUUCACCAACAUCACCAUUAUAUUCGCCAACAUCGCCACAUUAUGACCCAACAUCACCAACACAUUAUACACCAACAUCGCCACGAUACAACCCAGCAUCACCAAUUCGUGACGAUUCGCGUACUUCAGAUAUUCUACAAAAUCUAAGGAAUGGUAAUAUUAUAAUUCGUAAUCCUCGUGUUGCAAUUCAACUUUUAAAUAAUAUUCAUGCCUACCAAGAUAUUAUGGCUUCUUCAGAAACAGAAUAUGAAGACGGGUAUUAUGACAAUACGCAUGAAAAUGAUGACGAGAGUCAAAUAUCAGAGAGUUGGUUUCAUGACGCUGAAGCAAUGAAUGACGACGAUGAUAUUUAUGGUGGUGAAAUAAGCAACGGCACUAUUGACGAAGAAGCGUCAUUAUCAAUUUCAGAACGUUCUUCUGAUGCAUCUACAGGUAAUUCGCAAAUACUAAACUUGGAGUUAUCACCACCCAGGGUAUAUACAGAUAUAAAUGAUGAACUAGUAUAUAUUCACACGCCAAUUCCAGAAUUACCGCCGCCAACUAACCUUCCACCUGAUUCCUCAUUUACAGAGGGUAUUAGCGAAUACAGAUCAAUUGAUAUAGAUCCAGAUCAAAAUGAUCAAGCCGAAUCAAAUCUUAUGCGACGAUCACGGCCUAGAAUCCUAAUUGAUCCAGUACAAAAUGAUCAAGCUGAAACUAUACAUAUGCGAUCAACACAAAAUGAAUUGCCAAUUGAUCAUCUUGUGCUUUUCACUUCUCAAAAUGAUUUGUUUCUUUUAGAUCCAAUAUCUGGUUUGAAAGUUCUUUUAUACGAGAAAAAUAUUUGUUCAAGUCGUGAUUCUAGGAAUAUUAUUGGUUUGAAUGAUUUUGAUCGAUUAAAUAUGGUCGAGUUUUCAUUGGCUGUUGUGGCUAGUCAAAAAGGAAAAGUAGCAUUGGUGAGAUUGGUUAUUGCUGCAAAUAAUGACAAAAAAAAAUAUUCUUUCGUAAAGGAAAAGUUUUUGCCUGAAACCAAUUUACCCAAUGCAUCAUUAUUAGGGGGUUGA